GUCAAGUUUAACUGUAACUCCCUUGGCAGGCUCCGAGAGAUGUUCCUGAUCAUGCAGCCCUUGAUGAAGAAACAAAGAAUAACCUACAGACAAUCCUUGAGGAGAGCGCAUACUGUGAGGAAAUGAGACACAACACUUGCCCCCAAUGCCCAAAGACAAAAUUUCAUGUGGAAUUUUUUAAGGAGUGCUAUCGGAAUGGAACGCUUGACCGGUGUGACCACUGCAAGGAGAUGGUCAAAGCAUACUGGAAUCAUAGCGAGAGCUGCACGUCAGACCGAUGUGUGCUGCCAUUUUGUGGCUUCAUCAAGGAUCUAUACAGUGAGACGGGGCUUCUUCAUGACCUUGAUAUGCGUCGCUGGGAGGAUGUGUUAGGAUGUUUGAUGAGAAAGAAAGAAUUGGAGGUUUUAGAAAGACUUCAUGAACUGGAAGAGUUGCAUCGUCCUACUGAUGACGGAGUGGAAUUAUGGAGUUUUGAUGCAAACGCAGAAAGUUUCUUGAGGAGGGGCCAGCCUUUCGCUCAACUGACAACAGAGGGCAGACUUUGCAAAUUUGGGCACUUUACUCCCAUCCAUUGCAAAGCCAAGAAGCGGGAGCACGAGAUCAGUAUUGUCAUUAAAAAGGUUCGAUGGUGUUCAAAUUUGACAUCUACUCUCCCGAAACUCCACUCUAAGAGUUCACCAAGCCUCAAAGAUAUCAUCUCAACAUGUCUGUGGCACAAGAAAUUGAAAGGAGAUAAGCUUCUCAUUUGCUCAACCUACCUCUCCGAAAGAAGUCUGUCAUCCUCUCUGAACUCUCUCGGGGGCACUCUUGAAAAAUACUGGAUGGAAGCAUGUAAAGCCGCUGUUAAGCUCCAUGAGUCAAACAUACUCUACCUCAACUGGAAAGUGGAUCAUUUGGUCGUGACCCCUGAUCGUGUGAAGCUGUGUAACUUUGACUAUGCUGUAGACAUUUCAUGUAGCUCAUCUUAUGGGAAUCUGAGAGGGUCCCUCUGUGAAGACUGGAGAGGAACGGAUGUUCCGGAGCGUGUGAGAAAGGGGCUGGAUCCUCGAAUAGCGCCUCCUGAGGUGCUAGAUGGAAGAGGAUUGACUGUGAAGUCAGAUACAUGGGGUCUGGGAUGCCUCCUAUAUCAGCUAUACAAUAAUGGAUGCCUCCCAUAUCGUGAUCUCAGUCACCUGAGCGAUGAUGCCAUCAGGGAGGAGAGACUGAGGGUGAAGGAAGAAUAUUCUGAGCUGGUCAAAGAUUCACCUAAGACCAGAUUAUUGUCGGAGCUAUGCUGGAAGCACGAUCCGAUGGAACGAAAAUUACCAGGACAAUUAGAAAAAUGCCUUCAAGCCUACAAUGACUUUGAUCUACAUCAGCAAUGUAAUGAUAUCAUGAUACAGAUUAAUGGCAAUUAA